CGCGCUUAAUCACGGGACGCUUCCGGUAAUCGAUCGGCGGCAUUCGCGUACACACAGGGCCCGGUCAAGAUGGGCUCUAUAGUGCUGAAGUCGCUCUCGGUGCUGCUGGGGAUAUUCUUCGUCUUCGUCGGCACCAUGAAGCUGACGUCGCACAUCAGCAAGGACCUGCACAAGGACCUGAGAAAGGAAUAUGUCAAAUACGCAAAAGUGUUCCCGCUCUCGGGGACGCUCGACUUCAAGGUACCCAGCAAGUGGUAUCGAAGAGUCGUCGGCUCCCUCGAGAUCAUCUGCGGCCUCGCCAUGGCGAUUAUUCCAAGUCACAAAGUUAAGAACUUUUCGAACACUGUGCUGCUUCUCCUGAUGCUGAUGGCCGUGUACUCCCAUUACAUGGUCAACGAUAAGUUCGAGAGGAUCGCUCCGGCACUGGUAUUCUUCUUUAUGCUGACGGGGCGAUUGGUGAUCGACUGGCAGCUGAGACGAGAGGAUACGCAAUCGGUGACGGCAAACGGCGUCGAUGACAAAGCUAAGAAGCAAGACUGAGCGGGAUUACAUUUGAAGAACGCGUCAUUUUUUAUCACGUUAACUCACUUGAAUCUCACGAUUUCGUUUCUGGAACACUACGAAACACCGUAAAGUUAGGGUUUAUUUAUUUCAAACAUCUUUCUCUUUCAUUUUUUUUCAAAAAACCUCGAGAGGCACCAUUUAUUCAACAUCUUUUUUCUUUCUUUUUUGAUGUGUAUAAACUUGAGAGAUACUCGACAAGAAACUAUAUCUAUAUAUAAUAUCUAGGAAGAAAAAGAAACAUCAUUUGGGAUCAUAUGUUAAAUUAGUGAAGAAUAUGCGCUUUUGAAAGAAGAAGCGAGAUGGGAACUGAAUGAUUUACGGUGAUGAUUUUUAAUGCGAAUAGUGAGAUGAAUCUUCGUUGCACUCUAUAUCUACUUUGAGCACUUAUAUUGCAAUAUAUGGUUUAGAGAAUAAAAAGCGCGCGUCGUUAAGUUUACAGACGCGAUAAGAUUUGCAAUUGGAAAAAAAAAUUUCUUAGCUUUAUAUACCUUUCUUAUCAUUCAUGGCGCAAAUUAUUUGAUAUAAAUACGGAUUUAUCUUGAUGCACUAUACAACUAAUUUAGUGAUUAAUUAAAUUGAAUCUGUAAUACAAAAUUUGAUUGUUAAUAUUAAUAGUAAUCGCAGUCCGAUGAGAGAUCGGUUGUUUUCGCUAAUCGAUGUGAUAGUGUUUCAUCCCGCAACAAUUGGAUCCAUUAUUAAGACAAGAUAUUAUUGCAUCAAUGUCGAUUUCCGCUGGCCAUGCUUAAAAGAAUUAUCUCUCUUUAUAUUAUACCAGGUAGAACAAUGAUACAAAAAAACAAGGCAGCAGAAAUAAUUAUUAUCAAUGUUAAUUUUAAACUUAUGAUUAACUUAUUCCGAUUAAUAAUUCUUCGUAUCUUUUUAUCCCUUUUAUAAUUACAAAAUAACGACUAUCGUACACAAAUACAAACAUAUUUAUAGCUACAAAAUAUUGUAAUAUAAGCAGCUAUAUAAACAAUUAAAAAAUAUAUAUAGCUACAAAAAUAAAAUAAAACUAGAGAUAGUCCUUCUAUAUAUAGACACGAUAUAAACAAGUAUAAUAUAAAGAAAAUCAUGAUAUGUAUGGGACUAGUUAUGAUAUAAGCGGAGAAAGAAAAUUUAAUCAAAUUAAAUUAAGUUAAAUUAAAUUAAUUUGUCAUUAAUCGACAUUGAUGCGAUCGGUUCUCGGUGACGUUAGCUUAAGCAUGAGGUACUAACUGCCACUUGAAUGAAUGUGUCCUUAUAAUAUUUCGUGCGAGGAUGCGUGUAUGGAUAUAUAGAGAAAAUGAAUUUCUUCGUAAUCGAGACACAACACACAAAACGCGUAUGAAAUGUUAAUUUAUUUCUUAAAAACUUCACGUGCGAAUAAGAAUGAGUGUGUGAUCGGACGAUUUGAUAAAUAAAACCGAAAUUAAAAGUCAGAAAUCAAUAGAUAGACCUCUUUAAUCACCAUUCAAUAUCCACAAUCAUAUUUUCACGCGAAGGAUAUAUUGGUAAUAAUUUGUGGAAUGUUUAUGCACUUGAAUAAAAUCGACAUCUUUCUCUCUUUAUAAAAAUAUAAUAAUUAUUAUAAAUUAUUAAUUUGCUUUGGACUUGAAAGAUAUACCAUAUGGUAUAUCUUUGUCCAAAGCAUAAUUAUGUUAAAUGUUGGAAUUUUCUUGUUUGUAUAUAAAAUCACAAUGAAAUACGCAUAUAAUUACGUCGUUUAAAUGUUGUACCAAGAAAGUAUUGUGUAUUGUCAUUUAAAUGUUAAAACUUUUCGAUAUAACCACAUUUUUAUAUUAUGCAAUGUUUAAUAAAAAUAAGGAAAUUGAGAAGAUCAAUAUUCAUGAAUGUGUGUAUAUAUAUUUUAUUUAUUUAUUUUUCUCCGGCGUUAAGUAUAUAUAAAAAAUAUAUUAUGUACAAGAGAUGUGUUAAGUGUAUACAUCCCGCGACACGAAAUAUAAUAAAUCCAUUUUA